AGAGUAAUACAAGGUGGACGCUAGGGCCUGGCAGAUUGUAGGCCUCGUUUUCCCCGCGCACUGUUCUGGUAGUGAGGCCGGGUACGGUCCUUUCCUCACGGUCAGGCCGGCUGCCAGUACGGAUCAGGUACGGGCACUGUGUCGCUGCUUUGGAGAGAGGUAUCGAGUCCAAAAAGUGCUGAAGCGACUACAGCAGAAAGAUGGCGGACGACCCCAGCGCGGCGGACAGGAACGUGGAGAUAUGGAAAAUCAAGAAACUGAUCAAAAGUUUGGAAGCUGCCCGUGGUAACGGCACCAGUAUGAUCUCGCUUAUCAUCCCUCCCAAGGACCAGAUAUCCAGAGUGGCCAAAAUGUUAGCCGAUGAGUUCGGCACUGCUUCCAACAUCAAGAGCCGAGUCAACAGGCUCUCUGUUCUCGGGGCCAUCACCUCUGUACAACAAAGACUAAAACUUUACAACAAGGUGCCACCCAAUGGUUUGGUCGUGUACUGUGGCACCAUUGUGACAGAGGAAGGCAAGGAGAAGAAAGUCAACAUCGACUUUGAGCCUUUUAAACCAAUCAACACCUCCCUGUAUCUCUGUGACAACAAAUUCCACACUGAGGCAUUGACAGCCUUGCUUUCUGAUGACAGUAAGUUUGGCUUUAUUGUGAUCGACGGUAGUGGGGCACUGUUUGGCACACUGCAGGGCAACACCCGGGAGGUGCUGCACAAAUUCACUGUGGACCUACCCAAGAAACACGGAAGAGGAGGACAGUCUGCUCUUCGUUUUGCUCGUCUGAGAAUGGAGAAGAGACACAACUAUGUUAGAAAAGUGGCUGAGACGGCUGUGCAGCUCUUUGUGUCCAACGACAAAGUCAAUGUUGCAGGAAUGGUCUUGGCUGGUUCGGCUGACUUUAAGACUGAGCUGAGCCAAUCUGACAUGUUUGACCCAAGGUUACAAGCCAAGGUGCUGAAGUUGGUGGACAUCUCCUAUGGUGGAGAAAAUGGUUUCAACCAGGCAAUCGAGCUCUCAGCAGAGGUUCUCUCUAAUGUUAAGUUCAUCCAGGAGAAGAAGCUCAUAGGGCGGUACUUUGAUGAGAUCAGCCAGGAUACGGGGAAGUACUGUUUUGGUGUGGAGGACACACUCAAAGCCUUGGAAAUGGGAGCAGUGGAGAUCCUCAUAGUUUAUGAGAACUUAGACACUAUGAGAUAUAUUCUUCGUGUUCACGGGGCAGAGAGUAACGGAGCAGAAAAUGGUAACCAAAAUGAGAAGACGUUGUACCUAACGCCAGAGCAGGAGAAAGACAAGUCUCACUUCACAGACAAAGAGACGGGCCAAGAACAUGAACUGAUUGAGAGCAUGCCACUGCUUGAGUGGUUUGCCAACAACUACAAAAAAUUUGGAGCCACGCUGGAGAUAGUCACAGAUAAAAGCCAGGAAGGAUCCCAGUUUGUCAAGGGCUUUGGAGGCAUUGGGGGCAUCCUACGGUACAGGGUGGAUUUCCAGGGCAUGGAGUAUCAAGGAGAGGACGAUGAGUUCUUUGAUUUGGAUGACUACUAGGUAGUCGAGGACUGACAUUGGGAGAAAAAUGAAAAGCAAAGGAAUGAAUGAAGAAAUAAGGAAAGAAAAAUACCACCUCUCUUGCAGCAAGUGAGAGGUGCAACUGUGUUGACCAUAUAUAUGACAGACACACCUUCCAAUUUACCUGUUGCGUACACAAACUUGCACAUACAUUUCACCUGUACACAUGACAAAAAUGACCUGCAGGCUGAAGAGGAGUGUGAUUUUCUUUCAUCCAGAGAGGGAAGAAAGCCCUUCCUGAAUAAAUCCCUGCCUUAGAGUGCUGGUUCCUUCCCCUAGUUGGAUUGGACUUGACUCACUUCUGAUGUUUUUUUCCUCCUCCCUCCAUUUUGAAUGAACACAACAGCAAGUUCCCAGAUUCCUCAUCCCAGCCCAGAUGAAGUUGAACUUUGGACUUGCACCUCACAUCUAAAAAUUCUAUUUUCCUCUCUUGCCUCGUCAUGAUCCUACCCUUUCUCUCCCGUCUCCCUUUUAUGCUUUCUCUUUAUUUUUUGCAUUUCAUUUUUUACUGGUAACUGCUGCUGUGGUAUUUUCUGAGAGUGGGGGAUUUUUUUUACCUGGGUUUCUGUAGAGAAAGGGGGACAAAGUAUUAAAUUUGAACUGCUGAAAACCAUUUAUACCUCCUUAUCUGCUGUGGUCUCAACCUUAUCCUUUGUGUAAAGUCUGUUCCUGGAAAACUGACCUUUUUGUCUGCUUUCCAGACAUGUGAGAAAAUGUGAGUCUUGUGUGAAUGAUCAGUAUGCAUAACUGCUUCAAGGGGAUAACACCAACUCUUAAUGAUUUUUUUUUUUUUCAAUUACUAGAUUCUUUUAUGUAUUACGUUUAAAGUAAUUUGAUUCUUCAACAAUAUGUUAUGUUGCAUUGAAAUCUCAAGUAUUUAAAUGCUUAACCAAAUACCAUCCAAUUUCAUUAAUUAGGUAAAUUAAUACUUAAGAGUACAUAGUAAUUAAAUGUAGUACAGUUUGGUCAUCUAGAAGUUGAUUUGGCAUCUGGAAAAAUGGUUCAAGGUAAGAGCACAUGCUGGUAAAAGAAUGAAUUACAAUUGAAGAUAAAUUAAAAUCCUUUUUUCAAA